AUGUGCGGAGGCUCACGGGAGAGCUGCCGUCUCAUGAGCUCUGAGGUGGCUCAUUGGGUAGCCUCCUUCAGCCCCUCUGCUUCUUCCUUGUCGCGCCUCCCUCUGUCAGCUGGAGCUGCUCAGGUGCCACGUGCCAUGGCGGGACUGCAGAUCGAUGCCUCCUUCAUGCCAAGCUCGGCGAGCGCUAGGACAUGCGGCAAGCGAAACUUCGAGGACCUCAGCGACGGGGGGAGCGACACGACGUGGAUGGACAUGAAGGAGAGCGACGUCGAGAUCGUGAAGAGGAUCCGCAUCUUGCGGGAAGGAUAUAUGCAGCAUGGAGGGGCAUGGGCAGAUCAUCAGCUAGCAUCCGGCCUGCUGGAUGCUCGUCACCUCUCCUGCCUCCGUUCGCAUGUUCUUGUCCUUGACGAAGCGCCUUGCGGGAUGGAGUUAGACAGCAUGGAGAAGGAGCGAAAGUGGAUCAACUGGUGCCAAGACAAAUGGGAGAUGCCACCGCGAGGAUGUUGAACGAGAAGAGGAAGUUUGGUGUGAGGUGAAGAUAGAAGUUUU